AUGAUGGAGAAGCUUUCUGCGAAGCAUGGGAGAGAUACAAGGAGUACCGAAGAGAGUGUCCUCAUCACGGAUACUCUGACGAGCAGAAUCCUGAGCAUCUUCUAUGAUGGAGUCAACUGGGACUACAUGAACGCUUUGAACGCAGCCAGCAAUGGCGAUUUCAUGACUAAGUCCAAAGAAGGUGCAUUCGAGCUGAUCGAGAAUCUUGCAGCGAGCUCUAGCAACAAGAACGCUGAGUACGACAGAACAGCGCAGCAGAAGUCUGUUCAUUUUGUUGACGAAAAUGAUGAUACACCUAUCUCUCAAGAGUUUGGAGGAGAAGAGGAUGAAGAUGAUCAGAUGGAGGUCAACUAUGUGAAUGGGCAAGCCUUUUGUGCCGAACCGUGGUUUCAACUCGAACUACAGAAACCAUCCGAACAUGUCCUACAGGAGCACCAACGUCGAGAACCCUCAGGAUCAGGUCUAUCCGCCUCGAUCGAACCAGAACCAGCAGAGUUAUCAGAAGAGCUACCUAACAGCUUCCAGGAGAAGACCUUUGCCCCAAACCAGAACCGUUCUCAAGGUGGUAACCAACAGAAGGCGCAGUUCAGCAACAGCAACAACCUUCAAGUUCAUCGAACAACUCGAACGAUGAGCUUAAGGGUAUGA